GGGAAGAAGGGAAGUUGAGAAAGUCUUUGAACCUCAUGGCUUCACACAGCGGCCCUGCCAGUGACUGUUCCUUUGUCAUCGAUCACAGCCAUGUCCCCGAGUUCGAGGUGGCCACCUGGAUCAAAAUCACCCUCAUCCUGGUGUACCUGCUCAUCUUCGUGGUGGGCAUUCUGGGAAACAGUGUCACUAUUCGGGUGACCCAGGUACUGCAGAAGAAAGGCUACUUGCAGAAGGAGGUGACAGAUCACAUGGUGAGCCUGGCUUGCUCGGACAUCUUGGUCUUCCUCAUUGGCAUGCCCAUGGAGUUUUACAGCAUCGUCUGGAACCCCUUGACCACGCCCAGCAAUGCCCUGGCCUGUAAGCUCCACACUUUCCUGUUUGAGGCCUGCAGCUAUGCCACACUGCUGCACGUGCUGACGCUCAGCUUCGAGCGCUAUGUUGCCAUCUGUCACCCCUUCAGGUAUAAGGCUGUGUCAGGGCCCUGCCAGGUGAAGUUGCUGAUCGCCUUUGUCUGGGUCACCUCUGCCCUGGUGGCCCUGCCUUUGCUUUUUGCCAUGGGAGUUGAGUACCCGCUGCUGAACGUGCCCAGCCACCGGGGUCUCCCUUGCAACCACUCCCGUACCCGUCACCACGAGCAACCUGAGACCUCCAACAUGUCCAUCUGUACCAACCUCUCCAGCCGCUGGACCGUGUUCCAGUCCAGCAUCUUCAGCGCCUUCCUCAUCUACCUGGUGGUCCUGGUCUCCGUGGCCUUCAUGUGCUGGAAUAUGAUGCAGGUGCUCAUGAGGAGCAAGCAGGGCACGCUGGCCGGGAAGGGGCCAGAGCCGCAGCUGAGGAAGCUGGAGAGCAAGGAGAGCAGGACGGCCAGGAGGCAGACCAUCAUCUUCCUGAGGCUGAUUGUUGUGACCUUGGCCGUCUGCUGGAUGCCUAACCAGGUCCGGAGGAUCAUGGCUGCAGCCAAACCCAAGCACGACUGGACGAGGUCCUACUUCCGGGCGUACAUGACCCUCCUCCCCUUCUCGGACACCUUCUUCUACCUGAGCUCCGUCUUCAACCCGCUCCUGUACAACGUGUCCUCGCAGCAGUUCCGCAGCGUGUUCCGGCAGGUGCUCUGCUGUCACCUGACCCUGCGCCACGUCAACCAGGAGAAGCGCCUGCGAGCGCAGGCAGCCUCCACCGCAGACAGCACCCGCUCAGCGCGCCGCGCGCUCAUCUCCGUUGCUUCCAGGCGCAGUUCCUCUGCAAGGAGAACUAACAAGGUUUUCUUAAGCACUUUUCAGAGUGAGGACAAACCCGAGCCUCAGCCCCAGCAACUGAGUCUCGAGUCAUCAGAGCCCAGCUCGGAGACAAAGCCAGCCAAUUCUGCCGCAGAGAAUGGUUUUCAGGAGCACGAAGUGUGAGUGUCAAGUACAGAAGGCCCACCCUCCACAGAAGCAAUGGGUGCCCUCAUGCAGCGGUGACCAACCUGUGCCCUUGUCACCGCCAGGAGUGGACGCUGUGG